CCUCGUCGCCUGCCGUACUGAACUACAAUUCCGCCCGGGACUACAUUCUCCAUGAGUGUCGCGCGAGGAGCGCCGCUAAACUCUCUUCAACACACAAACGAGACUAAUAAUCACAAACAACCGAUUUUGGAGGAAGAUGAGGGUGAAGGAGAUACUCCGGACGGCCACACAGGCAUGGAGUCCUGCAAAAAAGCAUCCCACCUACCUGGCCUUAGGCACUGCUGCACAGCAGCUGGACGCGUCCUUCAACACCAGCUCUGCUCUGGAGAUCUUUGAGAUGGAUUUUGCGGAUACAUCCAUGGACAUGAAGCUCAAAGGAACUCUGCCUACAUCCAACAGGUUUCACAGUCUGAUUUGGGUGGAGUUUGAAAUGAACGUGAAGGGAUCGGGGCGUCUCAUCGGAGGCAGUGAGAACGGCACCGUGACCGUUUUCAACCCAGACUCCAUUCUCACCGCGGGAGAGGACGCCGUGAUCGGACAGUCCAACAAACACACGGGACCCGUGCGUGCGCUCGACUACAACCGCUUCCAGAGUAAUCUCAUCGCGUCAGGAGCCAAUGAUUCCGAAAUAUACAUCUGGGACUUGAACAACUUCAGCAAUCCCAUGACGCCGGGUGCAAAGUCACAGCCGGCGGAGGACGUGAGCGUGGUGGCGUGGAACAGUCAGGUGCAGCACAUACUGGCAUCCGCAAACCCCAGCGGGAAAGCCGUCGUCUGGGAUCUGAGGAAGAACGAGCCCAUCAUCAAAAUCAGUGACCACAGCAACAGAAUGCACUGCUCUGGGAUGUUGUGGCAUCCAGAUGUGGCCACUCAGCUGGUUCUGGCGUCAGAGGACGACAGACUUCCUGUCAUACAGAUGUGGGAUCUCCGGUUUGCAACCUCACCUCUCAAAGUCCUGGAGAAUCACACCAGAGGGAUUUUGUCCAUCUCAUGGAGUCAAGCCGAUCCAGAGCUGCUUCUGAGCAGCGGCAAAGACAACCGGAUCAUGUGCUGGAACCCAAACACCGGAGAGGUGAUUUACGAGCUGCCGACAGCCAAUCAGUGGUGUUUCGAUGUGCAGUGGUGUCCUCGUAACCCCGCCCUCCUGUCAGCCGCAUCAUUUGAUGGGCGGAUCAGCGUGUACUCUGUGAUGGGAGGAUGUCUUCAGCAACAUCAGCACAGCACAGUGGACCAGAUCUCAGCUUCGUUUGACACCAACGACCCGUUUGGAACCGGUCAGACUCUUCCUCCUCUGCAGGUUCCUCAACCCACAGUCGAAACCACCAUCAUCCCUCCUCUGAAAAAGCCGCCCAAGUGGGUACGGAGGCCCGUAGGCGCGUCUUUCGCUUUCGGAGGGAAGCUGGUGACGUUUGAGAACCCUAAAGUGGCUCCUCAGCAGCAGACGGCGCAGCCGAUCCAGCGACAGGUGCACGUGAGUCAGGUGACCACAGAGACGGAGUUCCUCCAGCGCUCGGCUGAGCUGCAGGCCGCUCUGCAGGCCGGAUCCUUCACCAACUACUGCCACAGCAAGGUCAUGAGCGCCCCCUCUGACGCCGAGCAGGACAUAUGGAGGUUCCUCAUGGUUAAUUUUGAAGAUGAGGCGCGUUUGAAGUUUUUGCGACUGCUGGGUUUCAGUAAAGACGAGCUGCAGAGAAAGAUCUCAGCGUGUUUGGGGAGGAAGCUUCAUCCGAACGGUUUAGAUGUGAAUGAUCUGGCUGAGAAGAUGCAGUCGCUUUCUGAUCAGAGAGCAGACGAGUCGGGCGGCGCUGCGGACGGUUUGUCCGGCCGUGAGUCUCCUGCUGAUUUCUUUAGUCAAAUACCAAAGAAAGAGAAAAACAAAGAGCCCUUCCAGAUCCCAGUUUCCUCAGAUACGGACGGUUUGAUCAGUCAGGCUCUGUUGGUGGGGAACUUCGAGGGCGCGGUGGAUCUGUGCCUGAACGACGGCCGAUUCGCCGAGGCCAUCCUCCUGUCAAUCAGCGGAGGGGAGGAGCUACUGAAGAAGACCCAGCAACGAUACCUCAACCGACAGACCAACAGCAUCUCCAUGCUGAUCUCAUCAGUGGUGACCCAGAACUGGCGUGAUAUCGUCCAGAGCUGUGAGCUGGAUAACUGGAAGGAGGCGCUGGCGGCCCUGCUGACCUACGCUGACCCGGAGGAGUUCGCUCGUCUCUGCGAUACUCUGGGCUCUCGUCUGCAGGCUGAAGGCACAGAGAAGCGCUGUCUGCAGGCCUGUCUGUGCUUCAUCUGCUCGGGGAACAUCGAGCGUCUGGUGGAGUGCUGGACGUCCCAGAGAGACUGCUCGUCUCCGCUCGCGCUGGAGGAUCUGGUGGAGAAGGUGAUGAUCUUGCGAAAGUCCAUCGAGCGUCUGCGUAACGGCGAGGUUUGCGUUCAGAGCUCAGCGCUGACCGAGAGGCUCAUCCAGUACUCCAGCAUACUGGCGUCACAGGGCAGCUUGAGUUCAGCGCUCAACUACCUGCCCGACACCUCCGACCAGGCUGGUGUUCGGAUGUUGAGAGAGCGACUGUCACAUGCCAAGGGUGACAUCCUGCAGAGACCGCAGCCGUCUGCGCCAGCAGGAGGCGCUAAAGCACCGGCAAGCACACACACUCCCGCAGCACACACACAGGGGCCGUGCGCGUCCACGGCUCAUCCUCAGAUGCCCCAGCCCGUGCAGCAGCCGAUGCCCCGUCUCUUCACUCCUCAACCGCGGCCGGAGUCUGCUGCUCCUCUUCCUCCUCCUGUUUCCGGAGCAUCGCGUCCAGGCCUGAGACCCGCCUACCCACAACACCCCGCCACAGCUUCCGGUUUUCCUCCAUCUCAGCCGUUUGCUCAGUCCGGUCCCCUUGGAGGUCCGGUGGGUUUCAUGUCUGGCCCAUCGAUGCCCUCCUCCAGCCUGGCGGGUCCCUCAGUGCCACCCUGCUCUCCACCGGGUCCCAUGAUGCCUGGCGGCGUCCCCAUGAUGCCUGCUCCUCCCACCCCGGGAUUCUUGUCUCCCACGUCUCUGCCGGGCGGCCCGUUGCCCUUGUUUCCAGGCGCUCCUCACGCACAAGUGCCUCCUCCCGGCGGGGCGUAUCCUCCUCUCGGAGCCGGGUAUCCUCAGGGCGGCCCUGGAGCGCCAGCGGCAAUGAGUUUCAGUGGCACCAAUGUCCCGCCUCCACCGACAGGAUAUUUCCCAUGGCUGAUGUGCCUCACAGAAGAGGAAGUUCAGGACGGGUGGAACGACCCUCCGGCUGUACGUGCAGGACAACGCAAAAAAAAGCUGCCAGAGAACUACACUCCCCCUGCUCCGAUCACGGCGCCAGUGAUGGGUUUCCCGGCGGAGGCUCCCGUUCCUCAGGAUCGGGUCCAGGUGCCGCCCGGCGCCCCUCAGGAGCCCAGCGUACAGUCCUUACAGCAGCUUCCUGCCGAGCGCGUGGAGCAGAAGGAAAUCCCAGCCGAACACAUGAUCCUCAAGACCACCUUCGGCAGCCUGGUGCAGCGCUGUCAGCUGGCCGCCGCGGACCCGCAAACGAAGCGCAAACUGGACGAUGCCUCCAAACGUCUGGAGAGUCUGUACGACAAACUGCGAGACCAAGCGCUCUCUCCCAGCAUCCUCGGCGGCCUCCACGAGAUCAGCCGCUGCGUGGGAGCCCGUAACUAUCAGCAGGGUCUGGAGGUUCACACGCAGGUGGUGACCAGCAGCAACUUCAGCGAGAUCUCUGCCUUCAUGCCCGUCCUCAAAGUGCUCAUGACCAUCGCCAACAAACUGGCCGUGUGACUCCAAACGCGCCCGCGGCAGAUCCGCUUCACGGUUGUGUUUUGAUCUGUCGCUGAACUGUGCUUUAAGAAUGAACGCAGCGUUAAUAUCCCACCUCUUUCCACUGCUGGUGUUCUCCUCGUGUGUUUGGGAAUUUCCUUCCAUGCAGUAGGCCUUAUUCAUCCUAAAAACAAGCUGAACGAAUUUUUGUAUGGGAUUAUUCAUAAAAACAUUAUUGCAUAAACUGUGUUAAAUCGAAUGCAACGGUUUACCCAGAAAUAGGCCUUAAAACAAGCAGAACCGAGUUGUGCAAUGCAUUUGUAAAAUCAUUUUUACAUUGUUACAUUCAAUUCAGUGUGAUCUGCAUAACUGUUUAAAAGAAUUAAUGCAUAAAUAGCAUUGAAUUGAAUGCAACAUGUUUGCCUAAAAAUACAAAAACAAGCAGAACUAAUUUGUGUAAAUUACUGCAUUCAGUUCAGUUAUGCACUUUUUGUGUAAUCGUUUGCAAAGUUGUGUAAGUUGCAUUGCGUUUCAUUGAAUGCACUGAAAAAAGGCCUUAAAACAAGCAGAAUGAAUUUGUGUAAAUUGUUGCAUUCAAGAAUCUAACAACAGGCAUUUGUCAUUAAACAAAAUUGUUUGUAAAAAAACAAACAUUGUUUUGUAAAUUGCAUUGAAUUGAAUGCAACGGUUUACCAAGAAAUAGGCCUUAAAACAAACAGAACCGUUUUGUGCAAUGCAUUUGUAAAAUUGUUACAUAAAUUGUUGCAUUCAGUUCAGUGCGAGAAUGACUUUGUGCAUAAUUGUUUGUAAAAGAAUAAAUGCAUAAAUUGCAUUGAAUUGAAUGCAUGUGUUUACCUAAAAAUACAAAAGCAAGUAGAAACAAUUUGUGUAAAUUAUUGCAUUCAGUUCAGUUAUGCACUUGUGCAUAAUUGUUUGCAAACUUGUUUAAAUUGCUUUGUGUUGCAUUGAAUGCACAGGUUUGCCUGAAAAGGCCUUAAAACAAGCAGAAUGAAUUUGUGUAAAUUGUUGCAUUCAAUUCUGUGUGAAAAUUUAAGAACAAGCCUUUAGUUAAACACAAAUGCUAAAUUGUUAAUAAAAAAAAAGCAUUCUUUUGUAAAUUGCAUUGAAUUGAAUGCAACAUUUUACCCAGAAAUGGACCUUAAAACAAGCAGAUCCAGUUUGUGCAAUGCAUUUGUAAAAUCAUUGUUACAUAAAUUGUUGCAUUCAGUUCAAUGUGAGAAUCUGCGUAAGCAGAAUAACUUUGUGCAUAUUUGUUUGUAAAAGAAUUAAUGCAUAAAUUGCCUUGAAUUGACUGCAUCUGUAUACCUAAAAUUACAAAAAUUAUUGCAUUUAGUUCAGUUAUUGUUUGCAAAGUUGUGUAAAUUGCAUUGCAUUGAAUGCACAAGUUUGCCUGAAAAGGCCUUAAAACAAGCAGAAUGAAUUUGUGUAAAUUGUUGCAUUUAAUUCAUUGUGAAAAUGUAAGAACAAGCCUUUGUCAUCAAACACAAAAUUGUUUGUAAACAAAAAGCAUUCUUUUGUAAAUUGCAUAGAAUUGAAUGCAACGGUUUACCCAGAAACAGGCCUUAAAACAAGCAGAACUGAUUUGUGCAAUGCAUUUGUAAAAUCAUUGUUACAUAAGUUGUUGCAUUCAAUUCAAUGUGAAAAUCUGCGUAAGCAGAAGGACUCUGUGCAUAAUUGUUCAUAAAAGAAUUAAUGCAUAAAUUGCAUUGAAUUGAAUGCAUCUGUUUGCCUGAAAAUACAAAAACAAGCAGAACGAAUUUGUGUAAACUGUUGCAUUUAAUUCAGUUUGGGAAUGUAAGAACAGGCCUUUGUCAUUAAACACAAAAAAACAUUAUUUUCUAAAUUGCACUGAACUGAAUGCAACAGUUUGCUUUAAAACAAAUUCAUGUAAAUUAUCACGUUUUUUUUUUUGGUGAAACAAGCAGAAUGAUUUUCUGUGCAUAGUUGUUUGUAAAACCAUUUUUGCAUAAACUGCAUUGAAUUGAAUGCAAACGUUUGUCUUAAAACAAGCAGAAUCAAUUUGUGUAAAUAAUCUGUAAAAUCAUUUUUGCAUAAAUUGUUGCAUUUAAUUCAAAGUGAGAAUGUAAGAACGGGAUUUGCACAGAUUUGUGUUUCCUGAAUGAGGUUUUUUUUUUUAUAUAUAUAUAUAUAUUGCGAGAGCAGAAAACUGUAGUUUAUUGGUCGUGUUGAUUGUUAGUGGACAAGGUUCAUUAUUGACUGACUGUUGAAUUCCAUGUUUUUGAGUGGAUUUGGUGAAGGCUUGUUUUCUAUUGCACUUGCUCAUAGAGAGGUUGAUGCUUGAACUGCGUUGCGGUUUCUCCUCCAAACACUCCUGUAGAAAAACCAGAGCUUCAUUAGAUGUUAAUCAAACCAUUGCAACAAAGAUGAAUGGCACUGAAUUCUGUAAGACUUUGGACUGAAGAGAGUGUGAAUCUCAUAAAACCUGACAAGAAAGUGUCCAGGGUCUUAUUUCACCCAAAAAUCAAAGAAUAAAAAGAAAAACAAGCCUGUUUUUGUUUUGCAUGAUGAUAUUUUGACAACUAAGCAUAAUGAAACAACAAAUUCUCAUUGUGCAUCAGUGUUUUUGUAAUUGCCUUUACUCUUAAUUGAUGAUCAGUAAAACUUUUUUUAAAAAAUGAGACUUCUAAAAAAUAAUCUUAUUUAUUUAAAAUGAAAUUUUUGAGGUGAAAUACAACCUAAACAUGUUUUUGAGUUUUUGUGAGAUUCUUCUUUCUUCAGUGCUUUAACAGCAAAGAAACUGAAUGUAACUGAACAGUUAAGCUGAUAAAAGUUCCCACCUUUUUAUGAAUAUGUCCUCGUCACGGUUGUGCCGUUGUUUGUCCGUGUUCAUCAUGAAACCCAUUCAUACUGAGAGUCGUGAGUGAAAACUUCCAUGCUUGAAAACACUUGAAGAAAAAUACACACACCUUUCAUAAAUG